AUCCGCCAGGUGGACAGCUGUCUGUUAUUAAGUCAUUUGAGACAUUUACAGCUAAAUAUGAUUAAAGCUAUUUUAAUAUUUAACAACCAUGGGAAACCACGACUCAUCAGAUUUUAUGAAUAUUUUGCUGAAGAUGUGCAACAGCAGAUCAUUCGAGAGACUUUCCAUCUGGUGUCGAAGAGGGACGACAACGUCUGCAACUUCUUGGAGGGGGGAAGUUUGAUCGGUGGCUCGGACUACAAGUUGAUCUACCGGCACUACGCAACACUGUACUUUGUGUUCUGUGUGGACUCCUCUGAGAGUGAGCUCGGUAUUCUGGAUCUAAUACAGGUGUUCGUGGAAACUCUGGACAAAUGCUUUGAGAACGUCUGUGAACUGGACCUCAUUUUCCACAUGGAUAAGGUCCACUACAUCCUUCAGGAGGUGGUGAUGGGGGGGAUGGUGCUGGAGACCAACAUGAAUGAGAUCGUGGGCCAGGUAGAGCUGCAGAACCGCAUGGAGAAAUCAGAGGCGGGCUUCUCUGCAGCGCCGGCGCGGGCUGUCUCCGCCGUCAAGAACAUCAACCUCCCAGAAAUGCCUCGCAACAUCAACAUCGGAGACAUCAAUAUCAAAGUGCCCAGCCUCUCUCCCUUCUGACCAGGGAGCGGAGCAGGGGCUAGGCCCAAAUGGCACCCUAUUCCCUAUAUAGUGCACUACUUUAGACCAGAGCCCUAUGGCACCCUAUUCCCUAUAUAGUGCACUACUUUAGACCAGAGCCCUAUGGAACCCUAUUCCCUAUAUAGUGCACUACUUUAGACCAGAGCCCUAUGGAACCCUAUUCCCUAUAUAGUGCACUACUUUAGACCAGAGCCCUAUGGCACCCUAUUCCCCAUAUAGUGCACUACUUUAGACCAGAGCCCUAUUGAACCCUAUAUAGUGCACUACUUUAGACCAGAGCCCUAUUGAACCCUAUAUAGUGCACUACUUUAGACCAGAGCCCUAUGGCACCCUAUAUAGUGCACUACUUUAGACCAGAGCCCUAUGGCACCCUAUUCCCCAUAUAGUGCACUACUUUAGACCAGAGCCCUAUGGCACCCUAUUCCCCAUAUAGUGCACUACUUUAGACCAGAGCCCUAUGGCACCCUAUAUAGUGCACUACUUUAGACCAGAGCCCUAUUGCACCCUAUAUAGUGCACUACUUUAGACCAGAGCCCUAUGGCACCCUAUUCCCUAUAUAUAGUGCACUACUUUAGACCAGAGCCCUAUGGCACCCUAUUCCCUAUAUAUAGUGCACUACUUUAGACCAGAGCCCUAUGGGACCCUAUUCCCUAUAUAUAGUGCACUACUUUAGACCAGAGCCCUAUGGCACCCUAUUCCCUAUAUAUGGAAUAGGGUGUAUAGGUAGUGCACUAUAUAUGGAAUAGGGUGUAUAGGUAGUGCACUAUAUAGGGUGUAAGGUAGUGCACUAUAUAUGGAAUAGGGUGUAUAGGUAAUGCAGAGCAGCGAGGGAGGAGGACUGUAUGUUGGACAGGUUAAUUGUUACUGUGCUGUGUUAUUGAUGUGUGAAUCCAGGGGCUCCUCUCAAAAUGAUACAACUAAAUAAUAUACCACUGCUUUUCUAUUUAUGAAAUCACAACCAGCUUUUUCCUGUCAGGACAUUAUCCCUCCAUCCUUCUGUCAGGACAUUAUCCCUCUAACCUUCUGUCAGGACAUUAUCCCUCUAUCCUUCUGUCAGGACAUUAUCCCUCCAUCCUUCUGUCAGGACAUUAUCCCUCCAUCCUUCUGUCAGGACAUUAUCCCUCUAACCUUCUGUCAGGACAUUAUCCCUCUAUCCUUCUGUCAGGACAUUAUCCCUCCAUCCUUCUGUCAGGACAUUAUCCCUCUAUCCUUCUGUCAGGACAUUAUCCCUCCAUCCUUCUGUCAGGACAUUAUCCCUCCAUCCUUCUGUCAGGACAUUAUCCCUCCAUCCUUCUGUCGGGACAUUACCCCUCUAACCUUCUGUCGGGACAUUAUCCCUCUAACCUUCUGUCAGGACAUUAUCCCUCUAUCCUUCUGUCAGGACAUUAUCCCUCCAUCCUUCUGUCAGGACAUUAUCCCUCCAUCCUUCUGUCAGGACAUUAUCCCUCUAUCCUUCUGUCAGGACAUUAUCCCUCUAUCCUUCUGUCAGGACAUUAUCCCUCCAUCCGUCUGUCAGGACAUUAUCCCUCUAUCCUUCUGUCAGGACAUUAUCCCUCCAUCCUCUGUCAGGACAUUAUCCCUCUAACCGUCUGUCAGGACAUUAUCCCUCUAACCGUCUGUCAGGACAUUAUCCCUCUAACCUUCUGUCAGGACAUUAUCCCUCUAACCUUCUGUCAGGACAUUAUCCCUCUAACCUUCUGUCAGGACAUUAUCCCUCUAACCUUCUGUCAGGACAUUAUCCCUCUAACCUUCUGUCAGGACAUUAUCCAUAGUUAGUCUCCACCUGUUAGUCUCCACCUGUUGUUUACCAAGCAGGUGACCAAUAGGAUGUGAUUUCUCCACGUGGGGGAUGUGUAGCACAAGGCACAGCUUCUUGACCUUUUCCUGUGUGUGUGGGGAAAUUACACAGUUCUCCAUUUUUGUGAUUUGCACAAGAUAAUGACUACUAUGUUGCUGUUGAUCGCAAUGGGCGUUAAUAAUGACAUGUUAUUGUAGCUGCAUUCUGUUGUGAACGUUGUGUAUUUAUCAGUGUUAGUUUGUCCGUGUGUGUGUGUGUGUGUGUGUGUGUGUGUGUGUGUGUGUGUGUGUGUGGGUGAUCAUUGUUUGCAUGGGUCCAAAGUGUGUGCACUGAACUUGGUCAAGUUCUGGGCUUUUGGCGGGUGAAAUAAAUGUAGUGUGGUCUUUAA